AUGAGGUUCCGAUACGCCAUGGUGUGUUCAUCGAAUCAGAACCGGAGCAUGGAAGCUCACGUUCUCCUGAAUAGGCAAGGUCUCGACGUAGCUUCGUACGGGACAGGGUCUCAUGUUAAACUACUUGGACCGUCUGCCACAGAGCCUAACGUCUAUGGUUUCGGAGCUCCUUACAAGCACAUGUUCGAUGAACUCAGGCGCAAGGAUCCCGAGCUGUAUCCUAUUCUCUCAAGCUUGUGGAGUUUGAGAUGGCAAGAUAAUGCUGGUGAUGGUGUGUUUGAUGUUAAUGACUUUUGA